AUGCCGUGGUGGCCGCGGGCUGGCUCGGGAAGGCGCAAGUCAUAUUCUCUAUAUAUACUAUACAUAUACGAUACCGUCGUCCCCGAGCUCACCGCCCUCCGAUCCGGCUCCCCGACCAACGUCAUCUGCCUCUCCGACGACCUCCUCUGCAGCAUCUUACCCUUCCACGCUCUCAUCUUCUUCGACGCCAAGCACCUGCACUCCAAAUCUGAGCUCUCCCUCCCCGCCCUAAGAUCCGAAUUCUCCCUCCUCUCCUCCACCUCCCGAUCCAACAACUCCUCCGUCGAUGGGGCCAGCCCAGAAAUCUUCUUCUUCAACCUCGAAUUCCAGGAAUCUCGGUCUUCUUUCUCCGUCUUCGGCAUCAGCACCCUCCCACACAUCCGCCUCCUCUCUCCCGAUGUCGUCGAAUGA